AUGAUUUCGGUUAAACAGGGUAUUAGGUGCCUUUCCACGUCGCUGUUGAGGAUGACUAACUAUGGGUUCAUUGGACUCGGAGAAAUGGGACAACAUAUGGGCAGACAUAUCUACAACAAGCUCGAGCCUGACGAUAAGUUGUACGUCUAUGACUUAGAGCCAGCAAACACAAAAAAGUUUGUGGACACGGUCACUGAGGCGUCGCCAGCUAAUAAGAAGUUGGUGGUGCCAUUGGAAUCGAUUUCGGAUUUUGUGCACAAGGUGGACUCCCAAUUGGAGUUUAUAAUGACGAUGGUGCCAGAAGGAAAACAUGUUAAGUCCGUAGUGGAAGAAUUGGUGCAAAAUUACAAAAAGUGCGCUACUGAUAUCUCUGGGGUGAGUACGACGUUUUUGGAUUCGUCGACAGUCGAUAUUCCUACCUCCAUCGAGGUACACAAGUACGUGAAGCAGCAGAUCCCAGAUUUUGACUUCAUCGAUACCCCUGUUUCUGGGGGUGUAGCGGGUGCACGUAAGGGAACGUUAUCCUUCAUGUUGUCGAGAGAAACCCACGAGGAUAUGUCUCCUUCCUUGACCAGUUUGUUGAGCAAGAUGGGCACCAACAUCUUCCCUUGUGGAAAAAAUCAUGGUACUGGUUUGGCUGCCAAAUUAUCUAACAACUAUUUGUUAGCGGUCACGAAUUUGGCGGUAGCCGAUUCGUUUCAAUUGGCAAAGUCAUUCGGGUUGGAUAUGAAGAAUUAUGCUAAGUUGGUGUCAGUUUCCACCGGUAAGUCCUGGGCCUCGGUCGACAACUGUCCUAUUAAAGGUGCAUAUCCAAAGGAAAACGACUUGCCAGCAGAUCGAGAUUGCCAUGGAGGAUUUAUUACCAAAUUGGCCAGAAAAGAUUUGGUCUUGGCCACCCAGAGUGCUAAAAGUAAUAAUAGAUUCUUAUUCUUGGGUGAAGUUGGUAAGAAAUGGUACGACAAAGCUUGUGAACGGGAAGACUUGGCUACCAAAGAUUUGAGUGUGUUAUACGAAUGGUUAGAGGAAUUGUCUGAAAAAGAUAAAUAG